ACUACUGAAGCACUUGAGCAGGAAGUGAAACUAAGCUUCUGUCAGCCUGCCUUUCUCCUCUCAGACAUGGCAGGGCCUCGGAUCCCUGUCAAGAUGAACCGCCUCUGCUGUCGGAUCUGCUCCGAGGUCCUCAGGAAUCCUGCAACUGUUCCCUGCGGACACAACUUCUGCAUGCAGUGCAUCCAGGGCCACUGGGACCGAGACGAGAGGAAGGACCGUCACUACAGCUGUCCUGAAUGUGGUAGGAAGUCUCCCUCCAGACCUCAGCUGAUCAGGAACACGACUCUAGCUGACUUGGUGAGGGACACAAAGAGGUGUGAUGAUGGCAGCACAGAGGAGAGGAGACAAUCAGGGCCAUCUAAAAGACCCCGGAGCUGCACAGAGACAUCAGCAGGAAGUGGUGUGUGUGUGAAGCACAGCAGCCCUCUGGAUAUCUACUGCUGCACUGACGAGCAGAUCAUAUGUGCAAUGUGUGCUGCAGCUGAGCACAGGGGACACACCAUAGGGUCAGUGAGGGAGGAGAGGAGGAGGAGACAGGAGGAGCUGAAGAACGUACAAAAAAAAUCCAAGCAGAUUCUGCAGAAACAAGAAAAGAAAUCAAAGAACAUGGAAUGGACUCUUGAACAGAUUCAGGAUGAGGCGAGAGAAACACGGGACUACUGUGAAAGCAUCUUGGUGAGCGUCAUCGACUGCCUCCAGAGACAUUACAUGUCAGUGAGGGAGCUGAUCAGAGGUCACAGGGAGGAGGCAACAGCUCUGGUUGAGAUGUCCCUGCAGACCCUGCAGGAGAAGAUGGAGAAAAUCAGAAAGAGAGAUGCUGAGCUGGAUCGUCUGGCACAAAUUGACAACGAUGUCCAGUUCUUACAGGACUGGCCCUCUCUGCGGCGCCUCUGUAAAGAAGACCAUCUCCAUCCUCUCAGUGAUGUUCCAGAGGAUCCACUCCUCCCCUUUGACUGCACAAAGAGGGCUGUUGAAGAGCUCGGGAGGCAACUGGAGGAGUUUUGCGACAAAGAAUUCGCCUCAAUCACUGAAACUGCUGACAGCGGAGAAGAGCAGGAAUCAGGAGAGGAGACAGAGGACGACGACAUGGAACAAGAAUAUGAAGCCGGUGUUUCUGGAGUUAACAACACUGUGACUGAAAAGGACAUGGAGCCUAAAACCAGAGCACAGUUCCUGCAGUCUUUGCUGCCACCACCCUCCAGCUUGUGCCGCCUCCAGCAUGCUGCUCUUGGCAUCGCCUGCACUGCCUCUUCACCUGCUGUGCUGUCUGAUGAAGUUGUGGUCCCCCGGGGAGUUGGAUGGGGCCUCAAGCCUAGACCUCAAGGGGGGUCUCAACUACCACUUAAGUUCAGUACACAUUUUAAUUUUUAUGUACAGUAUAUGUAUUUCUUUGUGCAUUUUAUUAAUGUGGAACACAUUGCUGAAACUACAAUUUAUUGGUCUCUUUUUGUCAGGCCGCGCUCCGCAAGGCCUUCAGUGGGUUAUGUGAUGUGUUGGUAGCUGUGUAGUUUGUCAAGAAGAGAAGGGGGCACUAUCAGUCCGGGUCAUUAAUGUGACCAGUGAUGCCUUAAUAAAUGAAAAGGACAUGACAUGGGUUUGCUCUUUAUUGAUGUAGAGGGUGAUGACGUGUGGAAGUGUAUUAAGUAAGGGGAAGACACUCAAUCAAUUUGGGGUGGGAGACAAGGGUCUAUUCUCUAAGGCAGUGAGGCUGCUGUUGCACCAAUCUCUCUUUUUAGCCCAGGCAAGACUCAUUUGACCGUGCAUGAAAUUAGUACAGGUGAUGCUAAACCCAUCAAAUUACCUCCAUGAAGGAUCCCCUCCACUUGCAGUAGGAUGUAGCAGAUAAUCUAGAAAAAAUGCUUGAGAGUGACAUCACGUGGCCCUCUUGUGACCCAGGGCAGCCGCUGUACUCCUGGUGCAAAAGAAAAGCGGUGGGUUCCUAUUUUGUGUUGAGUCCAGAUAACUUUAUAAUGUCACUAGUAAGGAUACAUAUCCCCUUCCAAGGAUAGAUGAUGUUCUUGACAGCCUAAGCUUCAUCUGCUUGUUUUCCACUCUUGUUUUAGUUAGUGGUUACGGUGGAAGCUGAUCCUGAGGAUUGUUAGGGAUCAAUCAUUUUGUGUUUGAAUUUAAUGUUUUGAGUUUUGUUCUCUGCAAAGUGCCCAAUACAUUUUGACUAAUGGACUUAAUCACUGCAGACUUGCAUUGGACAACCUUGCUAGAUAGUAUCAUUGUAAGUGUAAAUACGGUACCACAAAAAAGGAGCAUUUGAGCACGGUAAACUUUACCAAGCAUGUCAGACAUUACCUGUUAGGUAAAGAGUUUGUGCUAGUUACUGAUUAUAAUUCUCUGCAGUGGCUGUAUAGUUUCCAGGGGCUGGAGGGGCAGUUGAUUUGCAAGUUUGAAUAAUGCUGGUUUCCAGUAUAAGACUGUACAUCGGCAAGACAAACUAUGCAAAUGCUAAUGCUCUUUCAAGGUUGCCUGCAUUUUGUAAUGGGGCAGACCUAGGCCAGGAGCCGCCAGCCAGUGAAAUGACAGGCAAGGACAUCCUUAAAAUGUGUGCUGUACAGGAAAUCCUCAGUUCCCUUGAGCGAAAAGAGGAAGGUAGAUGAGUUAGCAGAAGCCCAAAUGGGUGACAGUGAGUGAUGGCAGAUUGUGAAAAGCAGGCAGAGGAGUGUCACGUGCCAAAUGGCCCUGGAUUGUAAAAGUAUGCCCCUGGUUGGAAUCAGUUGGGUCUAGGUUCGUGAGAACCCUUCCUGCCAAUUCUGAUGUUGCAACGAGAAUGCAAGUGGUUCUCCUUUGCUCUUUCAUACCUAAGGUUUUGGCACAGCUGCAUGAUAACACUACAGGGGUUAUUUAGAAGUGCAGACAUUUCAAGGGAAGGUAAAGGACUGUUUCUGUUGGCCAGCAUGGUUAGGGGAUGUUAAGCAAUGAGUGUGUAGACUGUGUAGUGUGUAGACUGCACUCCCACGGGACCCAGAGUAAGCCUCCAUGUGCUCCUUUGCAGCCAUCAGUUACAGUACAUCCAGAUCUUUUGAACAGGUGGCUCUGGAUAUACUAGGCCCUCUUCCAGAAACCCCUGGUAAGAAUAGUUAUAUCCCAGUUGUAGGUGACUAUUCUUUGAACUGGGCUGAGGCGCCUCAUAAAGUGCAUAAAGUCCUCUUGCAUGGACAGAAUGUUGUUCUUCCGGUAGACGUCAUGUUAAAUCUAGAUACUCAGGAGCAUUUUUCCUCUGUUAAUGAUUAUGUUUCCAGGCUUUUUGAGACAUUGUCUACAAUUAUAGAUCCAGUUGAAGACAUCAUCAUAAAAAUUCUUAGGAUUAUUCAGUGCUACUCCAACGGAGAGUUAGUCUAGGUGCAAGGUAAGGUUAGUAUGUGAAGGCUGUGUCCCAAGUUAUAGAAGAGGUGUGAAGGCCCUUUCAGGGUGGUUGAAAGAGCCGGACAGAUUGGCUCUACAGUGUAUGUUUAGUGGAGGGAGGCCCUAAGUGUGUGGUGCACUUCAAGCGCCUUAAGCCUUUUACUUCUCCUUUGGCAGCAACAAGCAAUCCAGUGUCCAGGAGGGCCAGCCAACUCGACGUUCGGCUGACCAGACCUUCCAAACAACAAUGCUCAGAGUUCCAGUUUGGUGCAUGUUGUGUCCAUCGUCGUCGCCCAGUUGACCUGGGGACAACAGCAGGAG